AUGGCUUCCUGGUUUGCUACCGUAACAAACGAAAAGAUUUCACAAAUAAACGAAGAAGCUGCUCCCGACAACACGAAGAAGGUGACAAAAGUCGAUUUGGCAGUUUUUACAGGUAAAGCUUCUCUGUUUAACCUAAACUUAUCGAACCAGUGAAAAAGUUUUUUUUUUGCUGAAAACUAAAAUACAAUAUUAAUAUUAAAACAGUAAAUCUAAAUCAAAUGGUCUUUUAAACAGAAUGGUUCCAAAUACAGAAGAAUUCACAAUUCGUGGUCGGACUCUGCCUCAGGAGCUUGAGAUGAACUGCUUACGGUUCGCAAGCCAGUCGAAGAUGAUGGCGGUUAAGACCCUGAAUUAUGGGCCGAUACAAUGGGUAACUGAAACAGCAGUAUCCAAGAUAUGGAGUGCAACAAAUAACAUCAUUAUCAAUGUCUUGGGAGGAUUGUCUCGACAUUUAAAAGUCAUGAUGAAGGAGCUGGUGGGGAUGAAGAACAAGUGCAUGAAGAGAUUUGAUGCAAUAUUAUUAUUACGUUUGUCUAGUAAUAGUUGACACUACAGCUGCCCCAACUCUGUAUAUGGUCGGGUGAAAAGUAUUCUUGCUCGUUGUGUAGCUCUUUGAAAUAUACCGAUUCAUAAUGAAGAUUUUCACCCAUAUUCCGUACAAUAUGUGAGAUAAAUACAGGAAACGCAAGGUUCCAUGUACAGUUUCCCUUCGAUUUCCACAGCUUUAAUAAAAAAAAUUCUCAGUUUCGAGAAUAGUUUAUUCUAAACCGUAAGAAAAGAUUUAAUUUGGCAAGGUUUCCAAACAAAGAUUUUUGAACUCGUGUCUGGAAAACUCUCCAAGAGUUUAAAUAUACAUGUACACACUGUUAUACGCACCUCAUAACUUCAUCUCCGCUUAACGAGUGUCUUUUGGUCCAUAACUUUCAAAAAAACGGCUCCACAGAAUGUCACUGAUAGCACGUAACGCAAAAGGGUAUCGAAGUAUGAUUGCACAAUAAAUGUCACAAAAUCUGCUUAAGCGGUUCCUUCGAGAUUUUCUGCCUUUCCGUCAUCCUAACCGCAACGCAAACAAUAGAGACGUCAUCAUUACCUACCGAUUCCUCGCGGCCCCUGUUCAAGCAAAUCGAGAUUUUUUUCUGGCAUACUGACUGCAUAUUUCAACUGUAAGUACUUUCCCUAAUAUACGCGCGAGUUACUAGAGUAGCUCCUCGGAAUUUCGCCUUCUGGGGGAAAUCCCUGCAGGGGACAAUAAUUAUUUUAAAUUAUCAAAUGAUUUGAAUAGUCUAAUAAUUUUGAUUUGUGGUGGUAAUUCCUGUAGACAUAUUUUAUUCUAAAGCCCUGGCAAAGUUGAGAGUGCAAGAAGAAAGGCACUCAGAGUAAAUAAAUAUAACGUACAAUGAAAAAAGGCGGAGGAACAGAGGUGGAGGGUCGAACUCACAGUGGGCGUAUCAGGCUAAAGACAUAUAGGAGGACGAAAACGAGGAAAAAGUCCUACAUCCUAUAUUACUUGUGGAUGUAGGGGAGAGGUCCGAGUGUCAGCCCUCACAUUAUGUUUAGGUCAAAAUAAAACCCAAAGUAAAAUUUCGAGGCUAGCCGCCACCCCACCCCUCAGAUUUUGGGUUUUGAAUGAGCGGGGCCCCUAACAUGUUUGAAGAUCUGAAACCGAUACUGUAUACCCUACCCACCAGACUGCCCUACCCCUAGUGAAAGAGUAGGCUUUGUACCAAACGAUCAAACUAGCACUUGUGUAUACUCAAGUUUUCAGGUUAAUAUAAUUCCGUCUUUCGUCUUUUCCGACCGAGCUUGUGAUAUUGACUUUUGAUGAAUGAUUAUCAAGCUUUGACUCUUAGGCACGUUUCAAACGUUGCACUACUGCCGUGCCGAACUCAAUUCAUAAAUUAUAAAUACAUUAGAAUGCAUUUAAAAGUUUGCUAAAUCUUUUCUUUAUUUUUGUGUUUUCUUUUCGGCAACAGCCGUUCUAUUCGCCUGAAUUAAAUUUGGCGUCUGAAACCAAGUCGUGCUAGUGUCGUUCUGCAGUCGAGCCAGCUUAGCACGGCAGUAGCACGACGUUUGAAAGAGGCCUUACUUGAAUUCAGGCUGCCCAACACCCUUUAUAGCAAUAAGCUAGGCAUUCACAGACGUAAUGUCCACCCUCUGUUUAGUGUUCCAAAACAAUGAAACAGCGACCAUUUUGGGGUUCCAAACCAGCUGUGGGUCAAGUAAGUGAAAAAGCUCAUUCUAUUUGUUGAAAGUGAUUAAUGUGUGACAGGGAGUCAUUAAAAAUUCUAAUCGUUGGCGAUAACUUUUGUUCAAUUCGACACAGCAAUAUAAAUUAUUUUUUUGUUGACUCUUAAUUAAAAUAGGCUGAUUGAAAUAAAACUUCACAAGCGCCUUAUAAUUCUGUCCUCCAAAGGUAAAUGAACGAUCACCAUCAGUUCCGUUAUAAUAUUACUGAACAGUAAUAUUCUUGCUUUCUCUAUCUUGAACUUAGUAUUGUCCCAGAAGACAGCCCAUCUUAAAUGUAUGCUUUCGUGUCCUAGAAUCACCUUCGCGCCUGUCAGACUUUCAUUUGUCUUAAAGUACAUACUCAUUCAAAAAGUGCUCUAGUAUCUGAAAACGUAGUCACUCUCUGCUAUACCCCGAAUGAAUUAAUAUUUGACUUCAGUUCUCGCGCAGUUUACAUAACGUGCUUCAAACCAGGUUAAUUAUUUUUUUAAUUAAUUUAUUCAGUUCAUUCUCUCACCCACUGAAAUUGUAAAAGUUUCCAAAAUGGAAAAGUCCCUAGGAACCCGUUCUGCUUUUUCCUAGUAAUAACCUUUCUGUAUCAGCCACCAUAUUUUCUUUUCCGCCUCGUAUUCAACCUUAGUGCAACAACGCACUUUCCAAGCUGCAUUGCGCGCACACCUGAUCCAACAUGUCAUCACACAUGGCACUCAUGGGAUGAUAGGCAGUGUCAUUUCACCCACGUAUUCCAGCACUCUAAAUAGCAUGUGGGAUUUUUUUUCAGCAGUUAUAACUUUUUGUGUCGUUCCUGUUUUGUUGUGCUGCUGCAUAUUUUUCUGGGAGGCAUCCUCUGAAAGACACUCGACGUCUGUUGAAUGGCAUUUUUCUUGCAAUAUCUUGUUUUAUUCAUUAAUUUAGCUAUUUUGUAUUUGCUCAGCUUUUGACAUUUUACCUGCCAUUUCCUACAGCGCUGCAAUCAAACAGCUGAGCCUUCGGACUUCCAUCUUGUGAUUUUUCACCCUUGAACGUUGAACGUAGAAAAAAAAACUUGCGUACAGUUGGCCGCGCACUCGCAGUGUAUGUAAUAAAAAUCAGCAGUUGGAUGACUCAAACUACCUGAAGCCCAUGCCAGCAGGAAGGGAAAGGUGACACCCUGCUUAAAAGGAGAUUUUGAUGUAAAAUUUCACUAUGGCCUCGAAAUUCUGCGUUGAAGAGCUUAGUGAACAGUUAUCGCUUGUUGAUUCACACCGGGGCUUUAUUGAGGCUUUUUGUAUUUUAAACUUGACGUUUGCACUGAUUGCAGCUCUGGAAAAUCUCCUAGUUUUUCGCGCAUUGUGGAAAUCCUCUACGAUACCUGCUACUGUAAAAAAGUUGUUCUUGAGUCUCGUUGUUUCCGAUUUUGCAGCCGGAAUUUUGGCCCAGCUGAUGUUUGGUGUCAUCAUCGCGGUAAUUUUAAAAAAGACAUCGAAUGGAGACCAGAGUAUUGCCUCCUUUUGUCCGACAAUUUUAAACCUCUGUUAUUUCUUGUUGGUUCUGCUGUGCAGUGCAUCAUUUUUGACGAUAACAGCCAUUGCAGUUGACAGGCUUCUUUCUAUUUCACUGCAUCUACGAUAUCGCGAGCUUGUGACCCCGAAACGUGUGAUUAUCGUACUGAUGGCCUUAUGGCUGACAAGUGGUACGACUGGCUCGCUUUUUAUUAUACUCCCUGAACAUAGCAACGCGGUAACUGCGAUUGUUGAAUCCAUUGGGCUAUGCCUGAACACCGUGGCGUAUAUUCGUAUCUACAGAGCUGUUAGAUAUCAUGAAAACCGGAUACAAUGUCAACUUCAGGUACAAAACUCCAAUUCUUCAAUUGAUCUACUUCGGCAAAGAAAGUCGUCUUUAAAUGCUUUGGUUGUGUAUUUAGUAUUCCUGGUUUGCUACCUUCCAUAUAUAUUCACUAUCAUUUUAUUGCUAGUACUCGAUAGUGAAGACACUUCCUUGCUGUUAGCUGAACGUGCAUCGUUGAUUCUUAUUUUCCUGAAUUCGUCAAUAAACCCUCUUGUUUAUUGCUGGCGAUAUCGUGAAAUUCGAGAUUCAGUGAAAAGCACUUUGAAGAAAUUAUUUUUGCAUGAACAAGAAUUGGACAGAAGGGAGUGAAAACUUCUGUAUCUGACCUACUUGCAGGAGUCUUCUGUGUGAUGCCUCAGUUUAUUGUGUGCGGUAUAGAGUAUGUUAUCAGUUUAAUGAUCUCAUCGCCCAUCACAAACUUAAUCAGGCCGACGUUCGAACUUGCAUUUGUUGGGCAUGGAGUUUUUGUGUCUCUCAUUAUUACUUUUUUAAUAACCGUAUAUCGUUUGAUUUGACGUUAAGCCUAUACCCCAAAUAAAUAGCUGAAAAGCAUUACAUCUGAGAAUUGUGCUAAUGAAGUCCUAACGCAGUUCAUGCAUUAUGCUAAAUCUCACAAGUCCUGACAAAAUAUAUAUGCAGCUGUAUUUUGAACCCACGCAACUAAUUGCACUAACCUUCCAAUACAAUAACAUGAAAAAAAUGAAAUAAAAUAAAAUAAAAAAAGAAAGAAACGAAUUACUGCGCUUUUCACAAACAUGCGAACUCCAAAGUUCAAGAGCCGCCUUCACAAUCGCGUUUUUCGCUGCCGUCAACCAUAAUUACGAUCACAAAAUCAUUCGUUCAUUUUAUUUUCCAUAUAUACAAAAUUUUACAACGCAAGAUGGAAAUAAUAUGAGAUUAAAGAAAAAGUAAAUUUGAGCAAAUAGGUCAUUUAGAAUAAUCCUUGAAUAGGGAGAAGCACAUCGGAAAAUGCUUAGUUAUCAUUACGUGCGCCUACUGUAUAAUGCUUCUAGAACCAAUUUUGAGAAUCAUGUUUAUCAGAGGUAACUGUUUGCUUAACUACCAAAUAAAGUAGCCAUAAUAUUCCCAAUAUUUAUACUUUUUAUUUACGGUUAUGACGAUACAAGCCGGCGAAUAAUAUAUUCUCAAUAGCAAACAAUGACAUAGAUAAGAAGUCAAUGAAACGUUUUAUAGCAUAAACAAAUUCUGUAUCUGCCCGCUAGCUUUCGGCGACGCUGGCUUCAAAAAGGGCAUCGGGGGCUUGGCGUCUAGUGCUGGCAAACAGCUCAGGGUCAGACCU